CACAUUCCUGCAUAGAAUCCGAAUACAUUACCCUACAUCCUUGAACCGCCCAAGUCCUCGACACAGACCUAGCACAAGGAAGCCAAGGUGAAUCGAUCAAACAAUACUUUUGGCAUGGCAGCCAGUCCAAUCAACAAAGGCUCAAUUAAAGCAGGUCAGCAAACUGACAUCCAGCGGAAUGCGCCGUGUUGGAAUUCUUGAGUUGCCAGAGUCACAACAACCUCAGAAUGAGUGCCACCAAGAUCUUCCUGCGCUACUAUCCGCCAGGACUGGCUAUUAACUAUAGAACCACGAAGGGCAAUGAACGGCUGCGUCACUUCGAUCUACUUGACCUAGAUUCAAAAACCAACAUUGAGCCUCUGGCAGACAGGAUCCUACUGCAAACCUUGGCCGAAGCGGAGGAAGAGCCAUCACCCGCCGAUUUGGAGAAUAACCCUCCACCUCGUCCUGUCAGCGGAAGUGUCGCCAAGUCACAGAACGCCUUUAGUGCUCUGAAACAGGCUCUGGAAAAGCUGCAGAAGAAACUCCGAGAGCCUGUGAAGAAGAAGUUCUACCUGCACAAGUGCCACAACUCUCACAUCCUGCCUCUGACCAACGUAUCCUUCGAUCGGAGGGGCGAACGCUGCCUCACCGGCAGCUAUGAUCGCACCUGCCAUGUGAUCAACACCCAGACGGCUCAGGUGGAGCACAUCCUCAGUGGCCAUGACAACGUUGUCUUCUCGGUGGGAUUUAAUUUUCCCCAUUGGUUAGUUCAUCUACACAGAGAUGGAUCUGCAAAUUACCUGACAACUUUUUCAAUUCUUUUCAGCGACAAGAUAGUGACUGGAUCCUUUGAUGGCACCGCAAAAGUUUGGUCCGCCACCAGUGGCCAGUCUCUAUGCACCUUUUAUGGACACACCGCAGAACUGGUGGCCGCCGAGUUUCAUCCGGUGGAUGGAAAAUCCAUUGCCACUGCUUCCCUGGACGGAUCAGCCAGGAUCUACGAUGUGGAAACUUCCCAUGAGCUCCAGCAACUGACCCAUCACGGAGCCGAAGUGAUUGCCGCCCGCUUUAAUCGCGAUGGUCACAUGCUGCUCACCGGCUCAUUCGAUCACACAGCAGCUAUUUGGGAUGUGAGGAGCAAGAGUCUAGGACAUCAGUUGCGAGGCCAUAGCGCUGAGUUGUCCAACUGCGUGUGGAAUUUCAGUGGAUCUCUGAUUGCUACUGGCUCCCUGGACAACACCGCGCGGAUCUGGGACAUUCGAAAGCUGGACCAGGAACUUUAUCUGGCUGCCAGGCACAGUGAUGAAGUGCUCGAUGUCAGCUUCGAUGCAGCGGGCCGACUUUUAGCCACCUGCAGCAGCGAUUGCACCGCCAGGGUCUGGAGGCUGGAAGGAUCCUCGGAGUUGGUGAUGCUCUCACUAAUGGCAGGACACUCGGAUGAGGUGUCCAAGGUGUGCUUCAGUCCCAGUGGCUGCAUGCUGCUCACAGCUUCAGCGGACAACACGGCUCGCCUGUGGCUCACGGAAUCCGGACAGUGCUCCCAAGUGCUGGCUGGGCAUGAGGGAGAGGUGUUCAGCUGCGCCUACAGCUACGCAGGAGACGCCAUCCUGACCGCCUCCAAGGAUAACACUUGUCGCUUCUGGAGAUGA